GUUGAUGCGAUGUGUGACAUGCGCGUUUCACAUGACGUGACGAUAGCAGCCUGGACUCUGGAGUUCUUUGCCCCUUGAAAUUACAGCAUGAUAGACGCUGGUAUGGUAUGCCAGCUGUCCAUUUUCUCACCUUCCAGUGGCUUAAAGCAGGCGGAGGCGCGCAUUCAGUCACUGUAACGCUCUUCCAUACGGACUCCAGCGAUGUUAUCCAAUGGCAACCCUAAAGCUACAAGCUCUAAAAAACCAAAGGAAAGAAGGCUCAUAUCGAGGGAUCAUGAGUCCCAGGACGACUACGUGACUCAACUGCUAGGCGUCACUAUAUCGGCCAUCAAUGUUACGAAAGACCUUGUUCCUAUCGACCUCGCGAAAGGGAUUCUCGGAACGAUUGCAAACAUCUUCGCUCUUGCGCAGUCAGUGAUUAAGAAUAAGUCCGAUUUCCUGGCGAUAGUCAACAAGUGUGAAAGUAUCAGGAAGAUCCUGGAAAGAGCAACCAAGGAUGCUACCGAAGAUGAUCUGCGAGGAUCCUUUGGGGAUGCCUUGUCGGACCUUAACAUAUCUGUGAAUCGCAUCAAUAGUGAAAUAGCCUCAAAGAAGGAGCAAGGGUUUUGGAGCAGACUCUUCUCUGUCACAAUUGAUCGCGACCGGAUUGUUGGAUGGGAAAAAGACUUGGAUCGCUUCCUCGCACUUUUCAAUACUGAAGCAAUCGCUGGAAUCGCGUUCGAUAUGAAGAUUAUGAAGAAGAUGACAUCAGAACUCAAGGGCAAAGCUGCCGAUAUCAAUGUUGUAACGUAUUGCCCAUCGGUGCCGCCACCACGACCUUCCAUGUUUUAUGGGCGUCAGGAUCUCGUGGCAGAGUUGACAAACCUCGUCGUCAAUAAUGAGCAUAUCGCGUUGAUCGGUCCGGGAGGCAUGGGGAAGAGUUCUCUUGCCAAAGCUAUCCUCCACGAGCCACUUAUCACAGAGAAAUUUGCUGAUAGGCGCUUCUUCGUGACCUACGACGGCCUGGAUCCGUCGACCAUCACUUUUGAAACUUUCAUGGCUCGUUUUUCAGGAGCCCUUGGCAUAGAGUUUGCAGGCGCUGAUCCUGUACGUCAAAUAUCAAUAUUUCUUCGUUCCGCCAGUGCCCUCGUUGUCCUUGAUAAUGCCGAGACCUUCGAGGAGGCCAGUGGAUCGUCGGCGCUCGGAGAAAUACCACCUGCCAUUGCCGAAAUUGCAGACAUCCCUGGUGUCAUCCUGAUCCUCACGUCACGUAGUAGAAGGAAUGCACCAAACAUAUAUCACCACGCUAGUCGCAGCGAUGCCGAGGAAGACAUAAAGAACCUGCUCGGGGAAUUGGAAUUUCACCCUCUUUCCAUCAACCUACUCGCAAAUGCCGCGCAGCAAAAUGGCUGGUCCCCAGCGACAUUGCUGAAGAGAUGGGGCAAAAAGGGCAGCAAGGUUCUAGACCCUGGCAAGGGAAAGCUCCACAGCUUGUCAGACACCAUGCAGCUGUCACUCAGCUCGCCAUCAAUCAAGGAUCUCGGCGAGGAUGGUCUUCAUGCUCUGACCGUCAUUGCUUUCUUUGCCCCAGGGUCUCAAUGACACCCUGGCUAGCGACUUAUUGCCGUCGCUCCUGCAAAUUGAUCAUAUAUGUGAUGUCCUGUGCAGGCAAUCUCUCGUUUACCGUCAAGACAGACUUCAUCAAGAUGCUCGCGCCCUAUUCGGCAUUAUGUACGAGAGUCGUUGCC